UUAGUAGUCAUUUGUAGUACUUCUGGUCAAUUCGAUCAAACCGUCAAUUCGUUCAAAGAUAUUAUAAAGAAGUCUAAGUUAGUAUGUAUAAAAGACUCUGAGUUGUUAGAUUGGAUAAAGAAGUACCAAAGAAGAGUUUUGAAGUACAAUGCUAUAAAUGAGUAUGUCAAUUCGAAGUUUAAAGACCCAAAUGAGGAAAUGCAGAGAAUAUUAGAGAAGAAACACUUCAGAAACAAACAGAAAGAGAUAGAAUACAUUUCGAAGAAAUUGCAAUCUUACGAUUGGAAGACUUACCCUCAUAGAUGUCUUCUUAUCUUAGAUGACUUUGCUUCUCAUCCUUUGUUAAAGAACAGAGAACAAGAUAUGUGUCGAAUUCUUAAGAAGCUCAGACACUUUAACAUCUCAGUUGUCAUUUGUGUACAGACAGCAAAGAGUUUAAGUAAAGAUGUUAAAAGAAUACUUACUGACAUUAUACUUUUCCCUGGAUUGUCCGAAGACGAUUUCAUGGAACUUAUGAAAGAGUCCAUGGCAGGUAAGUUUGACAGACAUGAACUAUGGGAGAAGUACAAAGUCAUACAAGACCCUCAUACUUCUUUCAGAAUUCAUAUCUACGCAAACAAAGUUCAAAUUGUAAAAAGUCAAGCUUGA